AUGAAUUACAACAACACGAACAAACGGCUGCUGACCACCUCUAUUUACGAUCCCAUAUAUCCCAUAAGUGAAGUCUCAUUUCCGGCUGUAUCGAUUUGUUCAAUGAAUCGCAUAUCGAACGAGUCGGCCAGACGUUAUGCCGAAGAACUACGCAUGAAGGAUCCCAGAAAACGUAGCGCCGAUUAUUUUUAUAAGCAAAUUAAAUUCUUGCAAUACAAUUACUAUGUACGCGGUGAUAUGCCCGAUUAUGAGAAUGCAUUGAAAUUUCAGCGAUUUCUUGAUAUUUACGAUCGGGAGGAUGACGAAAUGUUCUUUAAUACGAAACGAAGAAUGGCCCUGUUAACACCAAGUUGUAGCACCAUAUUGAAAGGAUGCCGCCUUGGAGGUGAAGAAAUUGAUUGCGCCCAAGAAUUUACGAAGACGUUUACCGCAAGGGGUCUAUGCUGUACAUUUAAUCGGGAUAAAAAGUACACAGCAAAACGUAAAUUCCGUCAUCGAUUUUUUGGUCCAGAUAUGGGUUUAGUCGUCUUGCUAAAUGCUUCACAAGCUGAUGACUUUAUACCAACGGCCUCUUCGGAAAGGUUUGAGGUUUUCAUACACAGUCCCUAUAUCUCACCCGAUCCAUCCUCCGGCAGUGUAGAAGAACGUAUUGUUGAAGGGGGUAAAGAUACAUUUCUAGCCUUAAAUCCAAGAAUUUUUCAGACAAUCGAUGAAGUGCGAUUUUAUAAACCUCGAGUGCGCAACUGCAUGUUUAAUGAUGAACUGCCCGAACUCUUCGGAAAAUCGUAUACCUACAGUAGUUGCAUAUCCUAUUGUCGAACACGCAGCCAAGUUGUGUUGUGUGAAUGCUUGCCCUUUAUGGCGAAUAGUUUGAAUAUAUCAUCGUCGACCGCUUACUGUAGCCUGCAACAUCGUGCAUGUCUGAUGCGUUAUGAUUUUAAAUGGUACAAUGUUAUGACACAACGACCAAAUACCGCUGGCCUGGAACGUGAAAUGGAGGAUUCAUUAUAUUGCCCAUAUUGUCUACCCACCUGUAGUGAAACACAAUAUAGUGUCACCGUAAUGGAUUUACCAUUAAACGAAUAUAAUAUGAAAUCAUUCACUAAUCACAAAGGAAAUCUUUCAGAUUUAGCCUUGCUGCAUGUGUAUUUUGGCGUAACCCAUGGUGUCUAUUAUCGACGAUUCCUCUUAAAUUCAUGGUUUGAAAAAUUCAGUUAUAUCGGCAGCAUUUGUGGCGUUCUUGCGGGAUUUUCAUUAGUUGGUAUUGGUGAAGUGAUCUUUUUUGUGCUGCAACAAUUAUUUAAAACUUUACGUAACGAAUUAUCAAUGGAUACAAAUCGAAUUCAGAGACGAAAACCUGUCGAACCAUUAAUUAUAUUGCCAUGA